AUGGUCCAGUUGAUAGCCACACCUUCAAAUGCCCUUGCUGAUGAGCCUGUGUCCAUCCGAGCAAUAGGCCUGCUUCCAUAUCAGAUAGUGACCAUCAUGGCAACAGUGAAAGAUGAGAAAGACAAUCUAUUCCAAUCCAAAGCCUUCUACAAGGCUAAUGAGGCUGGUGAAGUUGACCUGGAGCAGGCAUCAGCCUUGGGGGGUGACUACGUAGGGGUCCACCCAAUGGGCCUCUUUUGGUCUCUGAAACCCAAGAAGGCUUUCCAGAGGCUGAUCAAGAAAGACGUGAUGAACACCCCCCUUUGCAUCUCUCUGGACCUGUACGACCGUGUCUACUUGCAAGAUUCAGUCAGAAUUCCACCCAAGGACAGCCAGAUAGUUCAGCGCUGGUUUGUUAGCCCUGGGGUUAAGCGGGAGCAGGUCCGAGAAGGUCGAGUUCGGGGAGCCCUUUUUCUCCCUCCAGGGAAAGGUCCUUUCCCAGGAAUUAUUGAUCUGUUCGGGUUCAUUGGUGGUCUAGUUGAGUUCCGUGCCAGUCUUUUGGCUUCCCAUGGCUUUGCAGUGCUGGCAUUAGCGUAUUUUGCCUAUGAAGACCUGCCUAAGACACUACUAGAGGCACCCACAGACUUGGGCUAUUUUGAAGAAGCUGCCAACUUCCUACUUGCUCACCCCAAGAUCCAACAGCCAGGAAUUGGUGUGAUCUCCGUGAGCAAAGGAGGAGAGAUCGGGCUGGCCAUGGCCUGUUAUCUGAAGCAGGUGGUUGCCACCGUCUGCAUAAAUGGCCCCAGCAUUGUCUCAGACAUUCCACUAAAAUACCGGGAUCUGGUGAUGACCCCCAUCCGACAGACUCUAGAACGGGCCCGAAUCCAUGUUUCAGGGGCUUUGUGCUACCGCCACUGUACAGAUGAUCUCCAGAUUAAGCUGAACCCACAGAGUAUACUUCCGGUGGAAAAGGCCCAAGGGAAGAUACUCUUCAUUGUGGGAGAGAAUGAUGAAUGCUUGGAUAGCAAGUCGCAUGCACAGAGGGCCAUGGAUCAGCUCCGGAGACACGGGAGAAGCAAUGGAAGGAUGCUGGCGUACCCUGGAGCAGGCCACCUCAUAGAGACGCCUUACUCUCCCUUCUGCCUUGCCUCCUGGAUGUCUGUCUUGGGUAGACCCCUGCUUUGGGGAGGAGAUCCCAUUGCUCACACAGCAGCCCAGGAACACUCUUGGAGAGAGAUCCAAAAGUUCUUCAGGCAACACCUCCCUCAGUCCGGAAGCAAACUCUAA